AUGCAUCUGGACCUGCACCUGACCAAUGACUGGUCACUAAAGCCUCACCAGAAAAGAAACGUCUACCAGGUCCUUGGUUCCAACCUGGACCAGGGCAGGGCUCCCUAUGCUCUAGGUGCUCCAACAUCUCCCCCAUCAGAAACAUUCCAGCUUAAUCCUCUGGUUGCAGUACCUCAAAGGACCCCUGCAGAAUCAGAAGAUAUCAGCAGCAUUGUGGCGGCCCAGCUGAGGGUACCAGACACCAACAUGCCAGCCAACCCAACCAAGCAGCAGCGAUACAGCAACAACCCCACGAGCUGUGACUACUCUCUCUUUGAACUGGAAACCUUCUUCACCCGCUGGGCCCCUGAUAGUGACCCUGUGUCAGCUCCUGGUGGCUCUUCAUGUGCAUUUGUUCCUAACAAGUCAACUGAACGUGACCAGGAUAGAGUUGUUAUCAUAGACACUCGUCGACAGCCUUGGCAAGUGCUCGAUCCACCACAGACCUCGACGUCCUCGGCGUUGAAGCCGAGCGGAGGGCAGAGUUUCUCCUCUGCAGGCCGGCUGUCUGCAUCACAGGGGACUUCUGCACCCACGUCUUUGAGAAUGCAGGAUCCAGGAUCUUCCCAGCCUUCCUGGAGGAGAACACCAGCACAGGCUCAAGUGCAGCAGCUUCAAAAUGGCAACACUUACUCUCAACAGGAAAGCACCGUCCCUCCCUCACGAAUCACACCGUCCUCCAGCACAGGUGCUGUUAGUAAAACAGGUAAAACCAAGACAGCUGGGGCUCCACAGUCCUCUCUAUCAGUCCGGGGAGCUGUAGCACCGCUGGCCAGCACUGAGGUGGCCAUCGCCCCACAGCAUCGGACAACUCUCCUCACUAACCUUAAUAAAAAUCGUGCCGCAUGCACUUUGCCCACAGAGCGCCGCAGGAAGAGUUACGUAUGUGGAGCCUGCGGAAAAGCUUUCUCUGGCCUGUCCAAUCUAGAGGUCCACAAGAGAGUGCACACAGGCGAGAAGCCUUUCCGCUGUGACACUUGUGGGAAGCACUUCUCUGAGGCUGGAAACCUGAAAAAGCACCAAAGGGUUCACACGGGGGAGAAACCCUUCAGCUGCAACCAGUGUGGGAAGAGGUUUGCUUGGAUCUGCAACUUGAGGACACACCAGCAGUCUGCCACAGGCUGCGGAGCACAAGCCGGGGCAGGGCUGUAACUGCUGAUGCUGUUAUUAUUGAUUCAAAGGGUAGUAUAACUCGGCCCAGUGACAGUUUUUUGUGUCCCUGGUUAUAGUCGACCCAGUUUAGCUCUUUCUCUGUGUUCCUGUGGGCGUUUUGAAACUUUUCCUUUGUCUCCUGGGUCCUCGGAGAGCCUCUCCAUGGAUGCAUGGCACAACCUAAAGAGAGUGCCAGCUCUCCAGGACGUAUACACUUAAAGAAAAGAAGAGAAACUGGAAGAGCUUCACUGAACAGAGGGGGUGGCUCACGACAACAGCUAUCAGUGGCCUAAAAUGCAGGGAUUUCAACCCCCAGUCAUACCCUGGCUCCUGUGACUGUAAUAAUGCCUUGGCUCAUGUCCAUUAAUGACCCAUAUGAUUACAGUAAAAGGCUCUCAGGACCACCGCUGAGGUGACAACCUACAUCUUUAACAUCAUCUUUACCAACCAAAGAUUUCCACUUUCCAAGCCUGCGGAGACAUUUUGCUAAAUAUUGUAUUUUUGAGCCUGUAUAUAAACAUGUGACCCAGUGAGUGUUACAGGAAAUCCAAACUAAACUCAAACUCUCGUUUUUCACUCACUAAAGGUGUAUGCUGGACAAUUAUUUCACCUCAAAAAAGAAAAGUACGCAGAGUCGAUUACAUGACAUUCAUCACCAUGAUGAGUAGUUGGAAACGUUUGACCACGAUGUGUAUUUGACCACAGUGGGAACACAAUCAGACUGAAUUAAAGAGCAUAUAAAGUCUCCUGUGACCAACCUCAUCAGAUCUAAUGUGGUGCUUUCAGCUCUUUUCAUUCUUUCCUGUGUGAUAGUUGCCCUCUCUCUCUCUCUCUCUCUUAUUCUGUGGUGAAAUCUUCCACUUUCACAGAGUUAAUAAAUAAAUUGGAUGUGUA